UAGGAACUUUGCCUUUGAUCUGAAGGUAUAAAGAGGAGAUCUCAGCUAUUCAUUAGGCCCCUGGAGGCUUCCCUGAGCUGCUAAACAGGAGCUGAAACAUAGAACCUCAAGGCUUCACUGCCAGUGCCCAGUAUGAUGUCCUAUGGAGAGAGGCUGGGGAGCCCCGCUGUCUCCCCACUUCCAGUCCGUGGCAGGCAUGUGAUACAUGGGGCAUCCCUUGCCUAUGUGCCCAGCCCACAGGUCCUGCACAGGAUCCCAGGGACAACCGCUUAUGCCUUCCCCAGCCUGAGCCCAGUGGCUCUUACUGAGCAUGGCUGCCCCUAUGGAGAGGUUUUGGAGCUCCAUGACCCACUACCUGUCAAGGUGGCCCUGGAGGAGGAGCAGAAGCCAGAGCUGGGGCUGGCCCAGAAGAUAUGCCAGGUUGGCACCACGCUUCUCAAAGUACCACUGAUGCUGGCUUUCCUUUAUCUCUUUGUCUGCUCCCUGGAUGUACUCAGCUCAGCCUUUCAGCUGGCCGGAGGGAAGGUGGCUGGAGACAUCUUCAAGGACAAUGCCAUCCUGUCCAACCCAGUGGCGGGGCUGGUGGUGGGGAUCCUGGUAACUGUGCUGGUACAGAGCUCCAGCACCUCGACUUCCAUCAUCGUCAGCAUGGUCUCCUCUGGCUUGCUGGAGGUGAGCUCUGCCAUCCCCAUCAUUAUGGGCUCCAACAUCGGCACCUCUGUCACCAAUACCAUCGUGGCUCUGAUGCAGUCAGGGGACAGAACUGACUUCCGGCGGGCCUUCGCGGGGGCCACAGUGCACGACUGCUUUAACUGGCUAUCCGUUCUGGUCCUACUGCCUCUGGAGGCUGCCACUGGUUACCUGCAUCACGUCACCGGACUUGUGGUUGCCUCCUUCAAUAUCCGAGGCGGUCGUGAUGCCCCUGACCUUCUCAAAAUCAUCACAGAGCCCUUCACAAAGCUCAUCAUUCAGCUAGACAAGUCUGUGAUUACCAGCAUUGCUAUAGGGGAUGAGUCCCUGAGGAACCACAGUCUAAUCCAGAUCUGGUGCAACCCAGACCCUGUGGAGGCUUCUACCAUGUCCAGGGCAGAGGCCAAUGCCAGCCAGACCCAUGGAAAUGUCACCAUGGAAAAAUGCAACCACAUCUUUGUUGACACGGUGCUGCCUGACCUUGCUGUGGGACUCAUCCUGCUGGCUGGCUCCCUGAUGCUCCUGUGCACCUGCCUCAUCCUCCUUGUCAAGAUGCUCAACUCACUGCUCAAGGGCCAGGUGGCCAAGGUCAUCCAGAAGGUCAUCAACACCGACCUUCCUGCUCCCUUCACCUGGGUCACAGGCUACUUUGCCAUGGUGGUGGGCGCUGGAAUGACUUUCAUUGUCCAGAGCAGUUCUGUGUUCACCUCAGCCAUCACCCCACUCAUUGGCCUGGGUGUGAUCAGCAUUGAGAGAGCCUACCCUCUCACACUGGGCUCCAAUAUUGGUACCACCACUACGGCCAUCCUGGCUGCACUGGCCAGCCCCAAGGAGAAGCUGUCCAGCUCCUUCCAGAUUGCCCUCUGCCACUUCUUCUUCAACAUCUCUGGCAUCCUGUUGUGGUACCCACUGCCCUGCAUGCGCCUGCCCAUCCGCAUGGCCAAGGCUCUGGGCAAACGCACGGCAAAGUACCGCUGGUUUGCUGUCCUCUACCUCCUUGUAUGCUUUCUGCUACUACCCUCGCUGGUGUUUGGCAUCUCCAUGGCAGGCUGGCAGGCCAUGGUAGGUGUGGGUGCACCCUUUGGGGCCCUGCUGGCUUUCGUGCUGUUAGUCAAUGUCCUACAGAAUCGAAGUCCUGGACGCCUGCCCAAGUGGCUGCAGACAUGGGAAUUUCUGCCCCACUGGAUGCAUUCUCUGAAGCCCCUGGACCGCCUCAUCACCCGUGCCACCUUAUGCUAUGCCAGGCCCGAGCCCCGGUCACCCCAGUUGCCUGCAAGGGUCUUUCUGGAGGAGCUGCCCCCUGCCACACCAUCUCCUCGCCUUGCACUACCUGCUCACCACAAUGCCACCCGCCUCUAGACUGCAGGCCCUGACAACUGCUUGGAGAUGGAAAGGCAGUGCACAGAGCCUAGGGAGAGCAGUGUGUGUGUGUGUGUGUAUGUGUGUUUCUGUGUGCAUGUGAGUGCGUGCCACCCUGGACAUGCAUGUGUCUGUGUCACUCUUGGGUAUCUAUCCUUAUGCAGAAUCAUAGAGGUAUGGGCUUGUGUGACUCAGAGGCAGUAUGCAUGUGUGCACGUCUAGGGGUGGGUGUAUGUGUCUAUCGGUGUAGGCAUAGAAGCCAGUGUUUGUGUGCACAUGUGUAUCAGACCAUGCAUGUGUACAAAUGUGUGGGAGGCUGUGUACAGGUAGCAGAGUGACUGGGUACGACUUCAGGUCCUUCGCAAAUGUGUACAGAGGCUUACAUUUAUGUCCUUAUGCGCACAAGACUGUGAUGGGCAGGGUGGCUAUAUCUAGGUGACUGCAUAGCUGUCUGCUUGUGCACAGAUACGGGUGCCAGAGUCACUGAUGGAGUUAUAUCCUUACCUGCCACCUUCCUUUCUCCGUGAUGCAUUCUCAUCCUUAUUCAGGGCUCAGUGCCACCACUGCAACCCUUUCCCAACCCUGCACAAUGAAAAAAAGAAAGGCAUUUUAAGCCCUUA